AUGGAUCAGCCAUUCGAGCUCCCCGACUCCACCGAUUGGUUGGAAACGCCACUUUCACUACUUGCGCCGUUCGAGUCCUCAUUACGAUGUCAGGUCUGCAAAGACUUCUUCGAUAACCCCGUUAUUACUUCCUGCAGUCAUACAUUCUGCUCGCUAUGUAUUCGCCGUUGCCUAAGCGCCGAAGGCAAGUGUCCGGCGUGUCGGAGCUCCGAUCAAGAGCUCAAACUACGUCGCAAUUGGGCAGUGCAGGAACUCGUCGACGCGUUCAAAUUGGCGCGACCCAGUGUACUUGAUCUUGCGAGGAGGGAAAAUGCGCGUCUCUCUGGGAAAGAGGAAGUGAUAGAGAGACCGGCCCAGAAGAAGCGGAAGGUCAAGCAGGUGGAAGAGGAGGAGCUACAGGUCCCAGAAGCCAGUUCGCAGGGCAGACGGACUCGCUCUCAAAGAUCCAUAAAUAGCUCGGCAGAAGAGCGAAUUGUUCCUCAGACUGUGCACGAGGUCAUCGAGGAUAGUCAGGAUGAUGAAGAAUAUAUGCCCGGUAUGACACUCAUCACACGGAUACCAGACCCGUCUAAUCGCCUCGCAGAAGAUGGGUUGGUUGCUUGCCCAAUAUGCUUUCGUAAAAUGAAAGAAGAGGCAGUAUUUCCACACCUAAACGUGCACCAGCAGGAAGAAGAAGCGCCUAAGAAAACCUUUACGAAGCCAGCAUCUUUCGGGUCAUUAAAAGGCAUAUCCAGACAAAGCCUCACCCUCCCCAGCAAACAGCCCGAGCGGCUUCCUGCUAUAAAUUACUCCAUAUUGAAGGAUAACUCGUUGCGGAAGAAGCUCCGAGAUCUGGGAAUCCCGGACUGGGGUCAGAAACAGCUGUUGCAGAGACGUCAUACGGAGUGGAUGAACUUGUGGAAUGCAAAUUGCGACUCCAAAUACCCCAAGUCCAAGCGGAUAUUGCUCCAGGAACUGGAAAUCUGGGAACGUACACAGGGUGGGCAUGCGACAGCGCCGUCACCAUUCACCACUUCCAAUAAUGUGAUGCGCAAGGACUUUGAUGCCAAUGAGUGGUCAAAUAACCAUGAUGACGAUUUCAGGCGUUUGAUCGCAAAUGCCCGUAAGAAGAGUGAGACCAAAACACGAUCGAAUAUCCCUGAAGAUCCCCCUUCGUCAUCUGAGCAGAGAGAAGUACAGCAGGGUACGCAAUUACCGGUCAAUGGUGCACGCGUUGAGUUCAAUCCAGAAACCGACGCCAGUCAUGUCGUUGACCUAUCCGGGUGA